AUGCCGAGGACAAGGGCAAGGUCAGCAGCUUCUAAGUCAGAUGUGCCUGAGAGGCGUACUGAGCCGGAAAAACCUGUUGAGUCUGAAGAGCAGGUGGACCUUGAUGAAGACAAUGUCCUUGAGGAGACAAUAGAGGAAGAGGUUGAAUAUGAAGAAGUAGAAGAAAGAAGAGGAAGUGGAAGAG